CUUCUAGUUGUCGUACCUACUGCAGAAUGAGCUGUUGACAGCAAACUCCCGCAUCUAUCAUGUUUACCGUCCGUUCUGAAGCCGACGGGCGGGCUUACCCAUUAUCCUUAUGUCACAUUCUAUGCUUAUGCGCAACAUGGAUAUAUGUUGCAUCUGCACAACCUCAAGCCAGCUAUGCUUCCACCCGCCCCUCUGGAGGUUUUGAGAUUAUACCUUCAGCUCCAAGAUCCGACAUUAUACCUUCCACACCUACACAACCCCAGACAGAGCCCAUAGAUAUAAUACCAUCAGCACAUCUUCCCACGAGUUUGAUACCGUCGCAACCACCGCCUUCGGGUUUGAUACCUUCAGCGCCACCAUCAUCGAAUAUAGAUCUUUCUACAUCUAAAGCUCCUUCAAGACCGGGUCUUAUUCCUUCCGCGCCUCUUCCAACGGACGCCACUCUUGUUAUCAGCCCAUCUCCGGUGAAUGCAUCGCGGACACCGGUGAUGCACUCGACUGAUGAAGGGCUAAAACCAAUACCCCCAGCAGCGACACAAGUCGGAGACCCCAACGGUCACCAUGAAAUCACCGAACCAAACUUCACUGCUACAAAAAUAUGCAGAGGAUGUCAGCCGGUUGUCGAAAUCACUGCGACCGGCUGGUUGGACAGUCCCGCUGAGGAACAGCAGGGAACCACAGAGGGCCCGGCUAAAGCAACUAUACCCGUUCGCAAUUCAAAUGUUGUCGUCGGACAAGCUCCGACGGGAGGCAACUUUGUGAUAGGAGAUUCCACCACUCUUACUCCUGGUCAAACUAUCACUGUAGAUGACACACCAGUCGCAAUCCAGACCUCAGAGGGCAGGACCGAGGUCGUCGUGGGCACUACAACCAUCCCAAUGAGACCAGAGGUAGCCAACCCGCAAAUCACUAAUGCACCUGUUCCGCUUCCACCAGUACUCACCAUCGGCACUGCAACUAUAACCCCAAAUGCGCAGACUAACUACAUAGUUUCAGAACAAACCUUAGCACCUGGCGGCUCCGCGAUCACUGUCUCUGGAACCACUAUAUCCCUCACCCCCUCCGCAACAGCCCUCGUCAUCAAUGGCAAGACUUCAACACUCACUCCACCUCUCGGUGUUGUGUACACCACCGAGAUGCCUGCAGCACUCACCUUCCACAGCCACGUAUACACGGCUAACCGCGCAGGCUACAUAGUCAUUGGCCACGGUACAACACUCAUUCCUGGUGGGAACCCCAUCACGGUAGACGGUACAACGUUGAGCCUCGAGCACGCUGGAACUGCGGUUGUUGUGCAGGGUACCACGAGCGUACUGCAGCCGGUUACGACGGUUGUGACGUUGACUAGGAGACCGAGUGGUGGAGGCGCCGGAGCUGGUAUUGCAGGGCAAACGACUGCUACCGGACUGGCGUAUCCAACUGACAAGCCGGUGCCUGGCGGUGCAGAAUUGCAGUAUAGAUGUACUGUAGUAAAUGGCUGGCUGGAAGGGCUACUGAUAUUGCUGUGGUGGGGGUUAUUUGGCGGUUGA